UUUCUCUUUGUACUGAAUGAAGAGUUGAGGCCGGCUCUGCUGCUGCUACCUUCUCUUUUUAUAUAAGCAGAGUUUGCAUGCUGUAAAUAGCGCAAUAAGCCGGUUACACUUUACGUUACAACGUACCCGUCGUUCCGGUUUGUGUUGUGGAAGCGGCCGGCCACCGCCAAUGUCCCUUUGAAAGAUUUUGAACAACAAAAGCAUCAGGUUCGACGUUGUUUCUUCGGGGGAUCUGAAGUCACACAUCUAUCAGUCGGGAUUUUUCGGUGCGGAAAAAGCGAACAGCCGCGCGUCCACAGACCUCUUUUCGCUUCCUUUCCGUCGCCCCUUUCACACUUCCACACCUCCGGGGUUUCCCCCCCCCAAAAAAACCUAGCGACCAUGGCUGCUGUAACAAGCCCGGAGACGAGCCCUCAACCCCGGGUAUAUUUCCAGACGCCGGCCGGCACCACGGAGGAACCGGAGACACCGGUUCGGAAGCAGGGACGCGUUACCGUCAAAUACGACCGCAAGGAGCUGAGGAAGAGACUGAACCUGGAGGAGUGGAUUAUCGACCAGCUAACGGACCUCUACGACUGUGAGGAGGAGGCCAUCCCAGAACUUGAGAUAGAUGUGGAUGAGCUGCUGGAUAUGCCCAGUGACAUUGAACGGGCAGCCAGGGUCAAGGACUUACUGGUUGACUGUUUUAAACCUACUGAGGACUUCGUCUCAGAGCUGCUCGACAAGAUUCGAGGGAUGCAGAAGCUCUCCACGCCUCAGAAGAAAUGAUGGCAUCCCCCCCUCCUCCUCUUCCUCCCCCACAUCCUCCCCCCCUCCACCUCAGCCCUAACCUCUCGUCUUCCUAUCGCUCCCCAUUCUUCUUUAUUUUAACGUCAGUUUUCUUCAUGAAAUGCGCAAACUGAACUUUGUUUCCUCUUGUUGUUAGCCCCUCUGUUCUAAUCCCCUUUCUUGUUUUUUUUUUUUUUCUUUCCAUCUCUUCCUCUUCCCUUGUUGCCUGGAUCCAGUCCAAUAAAUCGCUCUUAUUUUUCAUUUUAUGACCUUCCCCUCUUGUUUGUUGAACUUCUUCUUAAAAACUAUCAGCAAAGAAAAAAAAAACUAAAGACUUCAUCAGAUGACAACCAGCGAUUCAUUGGUCUUAAUCCAGGCACUGUCCUUUCCUCUUUUUUUGCACUCCUGCUCCUCCAUCACCCUUUACAUGGCUUUACUCCUCUCCCCCAUCCAGCUCUUCUUCCUCCCACCCUCUCCUGCACGACUCUCCAUCUGUCUGUGGAGGAAGAGGAGGGGAGCUGAGAUGAGGUGAACCCCAUAAUUACUGGGAUCGGAGCAGCCGAGAGUGGGAAGAGGAACAAGAGGCAGAGUCGGCAACAGCCAAGAAAAGAGUGGGAGGGUGAAAAAUGAAGGAGGGUUGGAAGGUGGAGGCAGCCAAUCAUUGCUUAUGUCUCUACCAAUGAGAUUCCUUAUUUUUAUUUUAUUAUCUGUAAGGGGUUUAAAAUUGUAUAUGAUCCAGCUACCAACCAUUAUUCUUAUGCUGUUUUCUGGUUCAGUUUGAGGGUAUGGGGAAAUUCACUUGACUUUAGUUUUUUAAUUAAUUAACUUUUUGGGGUCAGUACAGCUCAUUUCCCCCUUAAUCAAAGGCAUUUGCUACAGUGGUGCAUUUCAAGACUGUCUUUUUUUGGUGUGUGUCUAUUGAAAAAUCUGCACUAUGUCAUUUUGGGAGGAAAAUCUGAAUUUCUGACCACAAAGAAUAUUGUAUGGUGUAUCUUUAGUACAGCAAAGAGGCAAAUUUGAUCCUUAGAAUAGUUGUUGAACCUAAAAGAAAGUCACUGGUUGGCUGUGGUGGUCGUACGGUCCGACCAAUUUUAGAAUUCAAAUCUUCCUUUGAGGGUAGAGUAGAAGUAGGUUCUUUUAGGGUUGGAUGUGCUUGACUAGAAUUCUUGCAGAAAGUAUGUUUUUCUUUCCUCGAUUGCGUAGUGCAGUCCUAAGAGAGGCUCUUUAGAAGCCACUGCUGUCCAGCCUGCACAUACAUAUGUAUGUCUGUGUGUUGCUAAAUGCUACGUGUGUAUGUUGCUACAUAAUGUAAGGCAACAUUCAUAAUAGGAGUGUUUUUCAGGCCUGUAUAUUCUGCUGUUCUGUACGACAAAUUUGAUCUUUAGUAUAGGACUGGUUCCUGUUUUUGUUUUUUUUUUUUUUUUUGUUUUCCUGAUGCAUUUUGUUACACACACAUACACACACACACACACACACACACACACACACACGCACACACUGACAGUCCGACAGGGGGACCUGGAACAAAGCUGCCUUGUCUUUUUUUAUCCCCCCCCCCUCUUUCUCACUGUCUCCCCUUUUUCUAAGAAAUUAUGUAGUCCACCACAUUGUUUUUUAUGUUUGGCAGACAUCAUUUCGGAGCGGUCACAUGUACUUGGAAACUCUGAAAAUGUCUUUUCAGCUCCAUGUUGAUGUGGAGACGUACCGACCUCUGCCUGUCACAUCACUAGAG